UAUUUUUAAACCCGGGGAGGAAGUAUUUAUUGUUUGCGGGCACAGGAGAGCCGGGCGGCGAGUGGAAUUCUUCUCGGGAGGCCGUGCCGUGGCCCUGCUACCAUGUCUCCAAAGAAAGCCAAGAAGAGGGCGGAGGGGGCCAACUCCAACGUGUUCUCCAUGUUCGAGCAGACCCAGAUCCAGGAGUUCAAGGAGGCCUUCACCAUCAUGGACCAGAACCGGGACGGCUUCAUCGACAAGAACGACCUGAGGGACACGUUUGCAGCCCUGGGGCGUGUGAACGUGAAAAAUGAAGAGAUCGACGAAAUGCUCAAGGAGGCUCCGGGUCCAAUUAACUUCACCGUGUUCCUGACCAUGUUCGGGGAGAAGCUGAAGGGCGCGGACCCUGAGGAGACCAUCCUCAACGCGUUCAAGGUGUUCGAUCCGGAAGGCAAAGGCGUGCUGAAGGCUGACUAUGUCCGCGAGAUGCUCACCACGCAGGCAGAGCGGUUCUCCAAGGAGGAGAUCGACCAGAUGUUCACGGCCUUCCCGCCCGACGUGACCGGCAACCUGGACUACAAGAACCUGGUACACAUCAUCACCCACGGCGAGGAGAAGGACUGAGCGCGCCUCCGCCUCCGCGCAGCCGCCGGGCUCGUAGCUUGGCUGAACGCCCCCGCCGCGGUCAAAUAAACGUGAUGUGACGAAA